UUGACACUUAGGCACUUUUUUUCCUCUGAGCUAAUGCACUGGAGCAGCGUCUCGGAUCGCAUUAACUGGAUUCCAGCUUUGUGCACGCGGGUGCACUGCAGCACGCGCCUGUCAGCUCGUGCAUGGGGCUGUCGGACCUGCAAUGGUGUCUUAUGUAAAGUUUUUGCCUUCUCAGGUUUUGGGAAAGCGACUUCUGAUAGGACCAUAAUGUCGGCUUUAAGCGGAAAGGUCCAGACCGUCCUGGGUCUGGUGGAGCCAGACCAGCUGGGCCGGACCAUGACCCAUGAGCACCUGGUCAUGGGCUUCGAGUGCUCCUACUGUCCUCCUCCACCCGGCGACGAGGCCGUGGCAGAGGACCCCUUCCAGAUGGAGCACAUGCACUGGCUGAGGCAGAACCCCUACAGCUGCCACGAGAACCUGCAGCUGAGCCAGGAGGCCGGCGCCCUGCGGGACGAGCUGCUGGCCUACAGGAAGGCCGGGGGGGGCACCAUCGUGGAGAACACCACCACGGGCAUCGACCGGGACCUGCCCGCCCUGCGGCAGCUGGCCAAGGACACGGGGGUCCACAUCGUGGCGGGGGCCGGGUACUACGUGGACAGCACCCACAGCGAGGCCACCCGGAAGAUGAGCGUGGAGAAGCUCACAGACAUCAUCGUCAGCGAAGUGCUCCACGGCGCCGACGGCACAGACAUCCGCUGCGGCGUGAUUGGUGAGAUUGGCACCUGCUGGCCAAUCACCGAGAGCGAGACCAAGGUGCUGAGGGCCACGGCGCACGCCCAGGCUCAGCUGGGAUGCCCGGUCAUCAUCCAUCCCGGCCGGAAUCCCGCCGCUCCAGCUGAAGUCAUUCGGAUCCUCCAGGAGGCCGGAGGUGACAUCGGCAAAACUGUCAUGUCACACCUGGACAGGACCAUAUUUGAUGACGGCGAGCUGCUGGAGUUUGCAAAGUUGGGGAGCUACCUGGAGUACGACCUGUUUGGGACGGAGAUGCUGAACUACCCCUUUAACCUGGACGUGGACAUGCCCAGUGACAGCCAGAGAGUGAAGGCCCUGGCGUUCCUGGUGAAGGAGGGCUACGAGGACAACAUAGUGAUCGCGCACGACAUCCACACCAAGAACCGCCUGACCAAGUUCGGCGGCCACGGCUACUCUCACAUCCUGAAGAACAUCGUGCCGAAGAUGCUGACCAGGGGCUUCUCGCAGAACCAGGUGGACAAGAUCCUUAUCGACAAUCCCAAACGCUGGUUAACCUUCAAAUAAAGGGAGAAAAGAUGCUAAAAGAGUCCAUUUUAAGUCUUCACACCACCGGCCGAACACCCAAUAAUGAACAGGAUGAGAUCUUUGCAGAAAUGAAAAAUCUGAUGCAAUAAUUACUGGUCAGUAGACCAAUGAACCUCUAGAUACACGUGCGAUUUCAUGUUUUAUUUCUUUGAGCGAAUCAGCAUGUUUUUUUUACAUUCAUCUAUAUGACAGAAAAUUAUGACAGGCUGUACUUUCAGUCUGAUUAAAGCAUUUUUGUAGAGGCUCCUAUCAGCUAAAAGUUUUCUAAUUAUUUGUUGUUAUACAUAAUUCCACGUCAAAGCAGGUCAUUCAAAGAAGCACUGGCCCCCUCUGCGCCACGCCGAAUAACUUGAUUUAACACAGAAGUGCAAUUAUAGUCUCGGAUAAACGUCUCCAUCCCAUGAAAACACUCUACAGCGGUGCUCACACAUAUGGUGCUAUGGUAAUUAACUUUUUUUAAUUUAGCCAUCAUCGCUGCUUCCUUUGUGUUUGUGACAUCUCUGCAAACAUGUUUUUUUCUGGCAGGGCAAUAAUGAGCCUGUUAGUAAUCAGUAUGCCGCUCGGCUCCUGACACAAUGCGGCUGUGUUAGAUGAAACGUCCCGCUGCCCCUGGCGGGGCGUCUGCCCGCGUCUCUGGGAGGCUGACUGGUCGGCCCAGAUGAAGGACGCGUCCUCCUCUCAUCUGGGGAACAGGUGGCCUCACAGGGUGACUUCCCCACAUGAUCAAUGGUGCGAUCGCCACGGCUGACUGCGCACGGGGGAGCGACUAUCUACCUUUUGAUUAAUCUUCUCAGAGGAAAACAAAUUGAGCCAGAAGACUCGGGCUCUCGUUUUAUUUUAACUGAAAUUCUUAUCAGAAUCCGUUUUUCUUUUUCUUUUUUUUUUUUUAAAACAAAUAAACCAACAAGCAGAUUGUCGGGUGGGCAUGAGAAACGAUGUCUGUCGGCGUGACAGUCCAGCUUUGUGAUGGUGACUAACCGUCAGGCAACCCUGCUGCCUAAACCAGAUGCCGUGUUGACACACACAGGAUAAAACAACUUACAACCAUUGUGGUGGGACAGAGCUUCAAUGUGAACAUCAGCUUGGUCCUGUACAUUAGAUGCUGCACAGGGGUUUUGAAUGUCAACUUUUUAGAACAUGCAUGACCACCAAUAUUAACAUCUUCACCCAAAAUGCUACAACCUGGACAUGUUAUAUUUUGAAAGAAAAUAAAGCACACAAAUGGACAAAGAACAGUGUGAAGUGAGUGGUGACCCUGUGGGCAGAGUAUAGUCUUCUACAACUGGGUGUCGGAGGUCAGCACAUUGAAACUUUCAAUCUAUACAGUCACUCAGUAAACGUUACCACAACAGCUACAGUUGGUCGGACACAUCAGCAAACUUAAUUUGUAAAGCCUAACAGUUCAUUCAGAGUGCGUUAACCAUACUAAUCAACCUGACAAGGAUACAACUGCUGUGCAAAUUAAAAACGCGUCUUGUAAUUACGCUGUCAGCUCUCCGUGGCUGCAAAGUCCAGUUUUUCACGACUCAUCCGCAUCUCUCUGGAUUCACUUUAAACGGAGAAACGGUGAGCUCUGUCUGUAAUAAUCCAGUUUGACAUUGAACUGAGAAAGUGCAGUGAAGCAAGCUAAAUGGGAAGCGGCGUUCUCUUUUUUUUUAUUUAUAUAUUUCUCAUUCUUCCCCUCCCUCCUCGUCUUCCUCCCCUCA